GGCAGUCACACGAUGAACAGUGCGUUCUCGGCCAAGAUUUUUUAUAUAGGAGCAGUCCUACUGAUUUCUGCUCUCGAUUCUGCUGCGGCUCAAGAUCCGGACUUAGUCAAAACCUGCACUGCCUAUAAGAAGAGUGUUUGGGAGGAGACGUCGGAGUUCAGUUUCCUGAUAGAGGGUGCUCCGAUUAUCUACAAGACCCUGGACAAGUGCACAGCCUACGCACCCCUUAUCAUCGGAGGAGCACCCGCUUUGCCCAAGGAGUUUCCGCACGCCGCCCGCUUGGGACAUCGUGAUGAUGAUGGCAGCCUGGACUGGUUCUGUGGGGGAACACUUAUCAGUAAUAGACAUGUGCUAACGGCAGCGCACUGCCAUUUUUCGUCUCAAGGUUCAAUAAAUAUUGUUCGACUUGGCGAUCUGGAGUUUGAUACCAACACCGAUGAUGCCGAUCCGGAGGACUUUGCGGUACAGAACUUCACUUUGCAUCCGGGCUACACUCACCCAGCAAUUUACAACGACAUAUCCGUGGUGCGGUUGGCCAGAGCCGUAACAUUCAACGAAUACAAACAUCCUGCGUGUCUGCCCUUCGACGAUGGACGGUCAACCGUCUCCUUCAUUGCCAUCGGCUGGGGUCAGGUGGAAAUCGUUCCGAGAACCGAGAACAAGAAGUUGCAGAAGGUGAAGCUCUACAACUACGGAACGCGGUGCACUGUCACGGCGGAUCGGAACGAGGAGCUGCCUGACGGCUUCAAUGCCACCACCCAGCUGUGCAUCGGUUCCAACGAGCACAAGGACACCUGCAACGGCGACUCCGGAGGUCCAUUGGUCGUCAUUCAUAAAGACUAUCCGUGCAUGUACCACGUGAUGGGCAUCACAUCCGUUGGAGUUUUCUGCGACACACCCGACCUGCCUGCCAUGUACACAAGGGUGCACUUUUAUCUGGACUGGAUCAAGCAGGAAAUGGCCAGAAACUAGUUAAAUAAAACCCUAUUAGGUAAAUAAAUAUAUAUUUUCCGAUUGUCUAUACAUUCAAUUGUAAAAAUGCAAUUUGUGUAAGUGCUGUCAUUUUAUGCAUAAAGAAUUUACCUCUUUCUAAUACAUUUUGAUAUUGUUAAAGAGAAAAUAUAUUUUUAAUUAAUUACAAAUUAUGGUAAAAACAAUCAUUAGCUAUCGAAGUAAUCACCCAA